AUGAGGAGAUGGGCACGAAGAAGAUCCAUCGGGUCUUCCCCAAACUCGAUGGACGGCGACAGCAACAUCAACCGGGAUGAGCUCAGCGAGUCGUUAGAAAAUCUCGGGAUCUACGUGUCGGAGGAGAAACUCCGGGCGAUGAUCGGGAAUAGUGACGCCCACGGAGAUACCGAGGAGUUCAGCGCUCUAUACGCGGCGCUGAUGGCAGACGGCAGAGGCAACGAGGGGGACGACCGUGAAGAGGACGUUCGAGAGGCAUUUAAGAUUUUCGAUCGGGACGAGGCGGGUGGCGACGAGAGGGUCAACUUCGAUAAAUUCCGACAGAUGAUAAAGGUUUCUGGGGAGGACGGAGGCAAGACUUCCGUGAUAAAGUCGUUGGCCCCACAUAGAGUGGUGUUGGAACACGCGGUGGCUGGAUUCCUAACCCAAUACGGCUGGAACUCCAUCCCAGAGGCUGUGAUGUGCGGGCUGCCGAUGAUCGGGUGGCCGAUCUAUGCGGAGUAG